UUGGACUCCAUUUUCACGUCAUCAGCGCGCGUCUCCUUCUGACAGGACCUCUAAGCCUGAGAGUUAUGCACAGCAGCUCGAACAUGGAGCAGGAGGCUGCUGCACCAGAGGAGGAGGUCAACAGCCCGGUGUCCGAGCAGGGAGUCACCGCUAACGAAGCAGCAGGAACCGGCAAACGUAAAGGUGACGAGCCGCGAGAACCCGAGGCGAGCGGCCGAGGGAAGAGGCGCAGAGGAGCCGGGGGGAAGAAGGUCCGUCCGGGCGAGAGAUACAUCCCUCCCCCGCAGAAAAGGAACCCCGGGGUCAGCUUCAGCCAGGAGCACUACUCCGAGACCUCCUACUACUUCGAGGGGGGUCUCCGCAAAGUCCGCCCGUAUUUCUUCGACUUUAAAACCUACUGUAAGGGUCGGUGGAUCGGGAAGAGUCUGCUGGAGGUGUUCGAGACCGAGUUCAGAGCCGAGCCCCUGGAGUUCUACCAGAGGGCCGCUAAGGAGGGUCGCAUCCGGCUCAACGAGACACCGGUGGAGGACCUGUCCGUGGUGCUCAGGAAUAACGACCACCUGAGAAACACUGUUCACCGCCACGAGCCUCCUGUGGUGGGCAGGCCCCUGGAGGUUCUGGUUGACGACGGGGAAGUGCUCGUGGUGGACAAGCCCGCCUCCAUCCCAGUCCACCCUUGCGGUCGUUUUCGCCACAACACUGUGAUUUUCAUCCUGGGGAAAGAACAAGGCUUUUCCGAGCUCCACACUGUCCACAGACUGGACAGACUCACCUCUGGAGUUCUGCUGUUUGCCAGAACAUUGGAGGCGUCCAAGAAGCUGGACCAGUUGGUGAGAGACAGACAGCUUGAAAAGGAGUAUGUGUGCCGAGUGGACGGGGAGUUUCCAGAGGGUGAAGUGACCUGCGAGGAACCCAUUCUGAUUGUUUCCUUCAAAAUCGGCAUCUGUCGGGUUGACCCCAAGGGCAAGGAGUGCCGGACUGUCUUCCAGAGGCUUAGCUUUAAUGGAAAAACUAGCGUUGUCCGCUGUUUACCCCUUACCGGCCGCACACACCAGAUCAGGGUCCACCUCCAGUACCUGGGCUUCCCCAUCUCCAACGACCCUAUCUAUGGAUCCUCAGCGUGGGGUCCUAACAGGGGCAAGGGCGGACUGGUGGGGAAGAGCAAUGAGGAGUUGCUGCACGCUCUGGUAGAGGAGCACCGAUCUCAGGAGAGCUUACACCUUUUGGAUAUGCAGGAUGACGGCAUUGCGAUCAGGCAACAGGCAGAAAAAAACAAGACAUGUGAGAAGCCGGAUGUUACAUCUGAACCUGACCUGAGCGGAGACGCUCCUCAGACACAGAUGCCGACAGGUUGUACCUCCAGCAGCGCGACUGUGGAGGAAGUGAAACAGGGCUGCACAGACUCAAACACCAACAGCUCCUCCCUCCAAGAUUCUCAGAUCCAAUCAAAUGGAAAUCUGACAGAGGAAACAGACAGUUCCCAGAAAACUCCUGCAGUGACCAGAGACAGUCUGUGUAGUGAAUGUAAGCUUGUACGACCAGAUCCCACAGAGAAGGAGCUCAUCAUGUAUCUUCAUGCAUUACGCUACAAAGGACCUGACUUUGAAUAUUCCACACGUUCACCCGACUGGGCCAAAGAAGACUGGGUUGAAGAAUCGACCUGAUGAAAUCUGUUUAUGACUGUCGCUUUUAGGUUUCAUCCUCGGAAGGUUCAGUGUGUGGGAUUUAGUGGCCUCUAGUGGUAUAGUUGUUUUUUGGGAUGAGCGGACUACCACUCGUUUUACGAUCCAUAUGUGCAAACUACAGUGGCCUUAAGGAAACGCAACAAUUCUUAAUUUUAGGUUUUUGCACACUUAUAAAAACCUAAUUUUAAAUAUUAAAUUUCAUUUCUGUUCAUAGGCCGCUCUUUAUCCUACACAUUGGACCGUUAAGAAGUUUUUUUCUUUGAUAUACGUUGCUGUUUUUUUCUUUUGAUAGUUUCAGUACUUUUUGGGUAAUUCUGUUUUUCUUAUGCUGCUUCCUCUACAAUUAAACCUGUAGAAACAUGUUUUCUUCUUUGGCUAUUUUAGCCUUAAAGACAAACAGUAAAAGCAGUUGUAUUAUUUCUCAGUUGACAGUUUUAAUGUUAAUCAUAUGGUUUUAAUUUGAACCUUAUAGGCCUGUAAUCUUACUGGUACCCAAAGCAAAUGUUGAAACAAAUUAAAAAGCCAGUCUGCAGGAAAAUAAAUGAUUCAUUUUAUUCCAGCUAUGUGA